CGCGAUAUUAUGGACGAGGAAGGUGUUUGGGACUCAGCUAUCAAGCGUCAAAAUGCCAACCUCAUCAUUUGUAUGGCUGACUGGAUAGUUCCGGGACAUGGUCAACCAUUCCGUGUUCUGCCUCACUAUAGGCAAAGAGCUGGCUGUACCCGACUUCUAGCCCAACGACAUAAUACGGCCUAA